UCCACGGAUUCCACUUUCUUCUCGUCCAUCAUGGCAGCGCUGUAUGAGGGAUACACGUUGUGCGGGCUCGUUCCAGAUCAAAAUCUGUCAAGUUCAGGCAUUCAGGGGAUCGAAGAGGAGAGAGACGGCGACCAUGUCGUCGUCACCGACUCCGCCAGAUCUGUGACUCUGUACAAGGUGUCAGACCAGAAGCUACUGGGCAGCUGGACAGUGAAACAAGGACAAACUCUGACCUGUUCUGCAGUCUUUAACUCACAAACCAAGGAAUAUAUGGCUGUCUCAGACAACAAGGUGAUCAGAAUUUGGAAGGAGGAAGACAUACAACUAGACAAAGCCUUCAAAGCAACUGUGUCGUCAGAUAUCUGGAUGGUCCACUGUGUUCAUGGAGGGGAGCCUGUGGUCUUGUUUAAGCGAGGAGCUGUGAGAUUGCUGGACUCUCUGCUGGCUGCUCCUCAGCAGCCCAUAGAGGAAGUCCUGAAUCAAGAGGAGAACAUCAGGUGGAGCACCACUAUAGUAGCAGAAACACAGCAGUUUGUCAUCUUCACAACUGAACAGAAAGGAGAUCAUUUCCUGCACCUGCAGAGGCUGAACCCAAACACUCUACAGAGGUACCGACUGGAGCGAGAGGAGCCUGGUGUGUCCCCACUGAGCUUUUCUGCCUCCUACAGGGAUAAACACAUCCACCUACUUUAUCUCUAUCCUAACGGUCAUGUAUACCAGAGUGUAGUUUCUGUGCAGCUCCUGGUGGUUGAGGAGGGGGCUCAGGCUCUUCCUCUGCCCCGUAGCCUGCUGCUGGGUCUUCCUGUCGGUGACGGCUUGCUGGAGGCAGCAUCAGCCAUGGUCCUGGAUGAAGCCCACGUAGCUGUUGUGGGGGUACCACACCCCUCAGCUGGAGCUGGUAAAGACUUCCUUUGUAUCUGGAAUACCAAUUUUCAGACACUUCAAGCAGGAAAAGAAAUGGCGGGUAAAAUCUAUGGACAGCUUUGGAGCUUUUCCAACAAAUUAUUUAUUCCACAUGGGAAAAUCCUCUCUAUAAUACCAUUUGAGUGCCCCAAAUCUUCUCUUGCCUCUGCCUUGGGAAAACUAAGGCAGGCCAAGACUGAAGAGUGCAAAGUUCCAGCUUCUGUGCCAUCGUGGAAUAACAUUCUGCAUGGAGAGAAAGCUCAGCCGUCUAGAACAGUGGAGACCAGGAAGACGAGAACAACACGUAAGACCCAAUCAACCCCUAGUUUAACUAUUGACCAAGUACUGGAUCUCAUCAAGAUGGCACCAGUAGAAGAGGUCCAGAAAGAGGUGGAGGGGUUCCUGUCCAGGGCAGACCUCCAGGACCUGCAGCCUUCGGUGGGACAGCUAGCAUCAACCCUCGUGUCCCGGAGCCUGAAUGAUCCUGCUUUCUACUCCCCAAGCACAUUAGCACAGCUCGUGCACACUCAGUGUCUCUGUCACAGCGUGUGUCCAGAUCUUGUGCUGCUGGCUCUUGAGAAGAAAGAUUACUUCCUGUGUCAGCUCUGCCUGCAGUUCUUCCCUGACAUCCCAGAAGCUGUCACCUGUGCUUGUCUCAAGGCAUUUAUCAGUGUGCCAGAUGUCGAUGCAGAGAAAGCGAGACUAGAGCCUGACAGCAUCUCUUUCAUGGAAACUCUAAUCUCAAGAGAGUGUGGCCAGGUUGACUUACAGAAUGGUUUCAGCCCCACUUCCUGUGAGGAGGACUGCUCAGAAGACGUCAGAGGUCAUCAGACCAGAACAGAAGCCAAGAAGAAGACUUCAGCUCCACCAGAACAGAUUUGUCCUGUGGGAUUACAUAAGGCUGUUCUACUAAAUGAGAUCCUGCAGACGGCACACAGUGACUCUUUCCUCCUCCCACACCUAAAAGACCUCUCUUCCCAGCAUGUUGUUCUUUUCCUCCAGUACCUGCAGUUUCUCUACCUAAAAUAUUCCCAAGAUGACUCCCUGCAGAUGCAUGGAUGUAGAUCUCCAAGUCUGGCUCAGGUCAUGGACUGGGUGUGCUUGCUGUUGGAUGCCCAUUUUACAGUGCUGGUGAUGACUCCAGAGGCCAAAGGCUUACUGCUGAACCUUCACAGCUUUGUUAGAUCUCAGGUGAGACUGGUUUCUGAGCUUGGCAAGAUCGAGUUCAGUCUCCAAGAGCUUAAAAAGAUGAAGGUGAAGAAGGACGUUGGACAAUACUCCAUUGAAGUCAUUGAGCUAUUUUAGCAUGCGCACGGAGUAAUUUUAAUUAAUCCUUAAGGAUACCGUCUCUUUCCAGCUUUUCAAGAAAGUGGUUUCAAGGUUGUGUAUUGUCCCAAAGUGCUUUUUGGCACAGAUGUUUGCUACCGUGAGAAUUACUACACAUAAAAAGAAUUCCUGUUGUAAUGAAGGCGUUUUUAGUAAGCUGCAGAUGUCUUUAAACCACAUUUUAAACUUGUUUAUUGCUGAUGAAAUUUUGAUCAUUUGGAUAAAAUGGUGUGCAUGUUUAAUUUACAAUCUGUUUAUAUGUUUAAUAAUGGAUUUGUAAAAUACAUGCAGAAGCAUUCAACAGUAUGGGAAUGGUUUGUAAUUCUGAUGGUUCUCUGCCUUUGAAACUUUAACUGUUUUUCCUUUUUGUAUGAAUCCUCACACAACUGAAUAUUUUGUGAAUAUCUCAGUUGUGACUUUGUACUGGGUUUUCCACACGAAAGCCUUUUAUGUUGAAUAUAAAUAUAUAACAUUAAGCAAGCUCUUCACCCACGUGUGACUUUAUUCUUAUUAAAAGAUGCUGCCUGAUACCAGGAAAAGUAAUUAA